AUGCAAAAAGAUUAUAGUGACGCAGUGCAAAGCCAUGAGAAGGCGGAAUCGUUGCAGCCUGGCUUCUCCAAUGAAAACAUGUUUUGGCUUGGAAAGGCGGAACUUGCUUUGAGGAAGAAAAAACAAGCAUGUGAAACUUUUUUGAAGGCAAAAGGUUUAAGUCCACAUUACAGGAAUGAAUUCAAGAUUGGAGUUCAAACUCGCGAAUUUUUGUUGAAAACUUGCCGAAUGCGUCCGGAAGAUAUCCCAGAUUCAUCUCUUCCUUACUGA